AUGACAAAGAACAGUGGCUCGUCUCAAAAGCCCUGGAAUCCUAGCAACAAAUACCUACUUGAUUCCUAUAUUCAGGUCCAACCCAGUUCGGUCAUAGUCGCAGUCGCACUCUCCACCUCUACUUGUUUUAUUGCUCUUAGUUUCUUGAUUUUUCACCUCAAUAUGCUGUCCGCACACUCGAAUUACUCUUAUUCUUUCCAAAGCUUUGACAAAAAUUCAAACUUUGAGAUCACCAUUGCUCUUUAUGGAUAUGUAAAUGCUGUUAAUAAUGUGGCUGCACUUCAACUUACUCGCUCAAUGAGUUAUAGUGCUGGAAAAAUCAUGUACAAGAAACCCAUCAAGCAUGUUGAAGGUAAACCUGCGAAUUUUGUUUAUUUCUCGACUCAUUUCUCGUUUUUGAUGUCUCCAGAUAAUGGAGAUGGCUUCUUUUUUUUUUUCACUAUGGUUUCUAAUGCUUCUAAUGCCAGUUCGUUUGAUAAUAGUAUCCUAUUUGGACUUUAUUUAAGAUCAAAGGAUAAUAAUUCUGAAAUUAUUGCUGUUGAGUUUGAAACAAAGAGGGAUGUUGAUUUGAAUGACAACAACAUGGGUGGUUCUACAUCAGCUAAGAUGAAAAAUGAUUUAUCUGUUAAUAUGGUGUUGAAUGAUGGAAGGAGAUUAAGUUCUUGGAUUGAUUAUGAAUUAAGUUCUUGGAUUGAUUAUGAAUUGGCUUCCAAGAGGUUAGAUCUAUAGUGUUGAACUCCAUGUUUUUUUAAUACUUAUUAAAUACAUUUAUACCUUAAAUUUAUGAUGGACCGAAUUUAUUUAUUAUUUGUCUUUACAAUUUAGAAAGUAAAAAAUCAUUUUUGUUUUGUGUUAGCAUCUUUAAUUAGAAAUUGAUUAAAAGUAAUAUAUGAUAAUUAUUGAAUAAUUACCACUGAAAUUUGUUUGUGAUGGGUGGGGGAGGCUAGAC